AUGGCCAAGUCAAAGAACGCCUCCCAGCACCACAACAGCCAGAAGGCUCACCGUAACGGUAUCAAGAAGCCUAAGACCAACCGUUACCCCUCUCUCCGUGGUGUCGAUGCCAAGUUCCGCCGCAACCACAGACACGCUCUUCACGGUACCGCUAAGGCCCUGAAGGAGCGCAAGGAGGGCAAGCGUGAGAUCGCAUAA